GUUUAACUAUCAUCACUACCGAAUUUGUCAGUUAUUUUAUCCAUUUGAGAGAGAGAGACGACGAAGCAUCUUCGCGUGUGUCAAUGGCGGCCGUAAGCAUCGCACUUGCUUUCUCUUUCGAUGCUCUCAAGCAAAACCAAUCCACGAAGCUUACUCUCUCGUCUAGAUACCCUUCACUAUACACUUCUAGAUCUCACCGUCGCUCAAGUCUCAGAUUCGCUUCCCUUCCUUCUUCGCACUCUCCUUCAAUCUCAACCGCCACAGAAACAGGAGAAGAAGAACAAGAAGAAGAAUCCACCCCGACAAAAUCCAGCGGAAGCUACGACUUUCUCGAGGAAACCUUCCGCACGGGGAGAUUCUUAAGCAACGCGGAGCUAGAGAAGCUCAAAGCUCUCGAAGGAUUUGCGUAUUUCCAGGAGCUGGAGUCUGGAACCAUGUGGAUUCGUGUUAUGAGACAAGACGAGAUGGAUUCGACGGUGAGUCUCCUCGCCGAGUCGUUUGGAGAGUCGAUGAUGUUGCCUUCUGGGUAUCAGUCUGUGUUGCGGUUCUUGGUGAAGCAGUAUCUGAUCGAGAGGAGGGAAGUGUUGCCGCACGCAGUGACGUUAGUCGGAUUCUUCAGGAGGAAAACGGAUUCUUUAAGUGAUGGAGAGGAGGAGGUUGUUGAGAUGGCUGGAACUGUUGAGGUUUGUCUUGAUAAACGAGGUGCUAAUGCUUCUCCUCCUUCUCCGACUCCUCCAAAGGAGUCACCUUAUGUGUGUAACAUGACUGUGAAAGAGGAUCUUAGAAGGAGAGGGAUUGGGUGGCAUUUGUUGAAGGCGAGUGAAGAGCUCAUAUCUCAGCUUAGUCCUUCUAAAGAUGUCUACUUGCAUUGCAGGAUGGUCGACGAGGCUCCUUUCAAUAUGUACAAGAAAGCAGGUUACGAGGUUGUUAAGACCGAUACUGUUUUGGUGCUUUUGAUGUUGCAGCGGCGUAAGCAUUUGAUGCGCAAGAAGCUUCCACCGACCACCACCAGCCCUUCAGAUGUGGUGGAGUCUGAUAAUGAGCUGACCUCCUCGGUCAAUGUAUGAACACGGGGACUACAUGUGACUUGACCAAGAGGAUGAGUUGUUACCACCUUCCGUCCACUGUUGAUGUUCCAAUUUCUUGCUUCAACUUGCUGUUUAUAUGAUCGUAGUAGAGGAAGGGAAUCAUGUGAAGACAUGAGUAAGAAUCGUUACCGAUGUGUAUUCUGGGUCGAAGUAGCCGAAAGUUCCUAGAACUCUUGCAGUCACACAAGUGUCCUUUCCUUCUGGCAUCAACUUUGCUAGUCCAAAGUCUGAUAUCUGCAAGGAUUUCACUCCACGUCUUAUUUUUUUAGUGAAUGCUUUGAAUUUUAGCUGCAUAAACCAUGCAACGUUAAUGUACUUUAAAGGGUACCUUUGCGUUAUAGUAGGUGUCUAGGAGAACGUUGGUCGAUUUGAAAUCUCUGUGAACAAUUGGAAUGCCAACACCAGAACUUGAAUGGAGAUACGCGAGUCCAUUCGCUGCUCCAAGUGCAAUUCUUAGCCUUAUUGGCCAGCUUAUCUUUGCUUCUUUUAAUCCUGUGAUAAAAAAAAGACUCAGUUUAGUGGUCAUUUUGCCUUUAGUGGACUAUUAUAUCGUUUUGACAGUUACCAUUCAAAUGAUCUUGCAGGUUUCCGUUUUGCAUAUAUUCAUAUACUAGGAAGCGGUGUUUUCCAUCUGCACAGUAGCCAAUCAAAGAUACCAGAUUUGGAUGGUCGAGUCUACUCAAGAUAUCCACCUCCACACGAAACUCUCUUUCUCCGUCAGCCUUUUUGAACGGAGGUAAAUCCAUCUUCUUGAUCGCAACAACCUUCAAAUAGUGAAAGGAUCAAAGAUAAUACGUAUGUUCUUUUUUCAUCUUUGACAAACAUGUACUUCUUAGUAAACAUUUCUAACAGUAUAAAGCCUGUUGUAAAUCAAAUUAAAUGAAGCGAUAUACAUUAGUUCGUACC